AUGAAGGCACUUCAUUAUAAGGUACAUAUUGAUAUAACUAUCUGGAUGUUUAAUAUUAAUAUAUCUUAAGAAUUGAUGAUUGGCCAAACACACAACUUUUUUCAUAAUUAUUGAUUAAUGGACUCAGUCUUGGUAUUUUUAUUCUAAUACAGGAUCAAAUUAAAAUUAAUGUGGUGGUUCUGGUAAAGACUAUAGUACUUCAGAAUAUAAAGAUUUUUCAUGACAUACAUUAAAUUCAAUAAUUGUUGAAUUAUACUCAGAUUAUAAUAACAAUGUAUUUUAUAGUGUUAAUAUCUUAAGAACUUUUGAGGUCUUACUAAUUUUGAGAUUAAAUUAAAUGAAUGUUAUUAAGGAUGUUAAUUCUGUUUAUAUUCAACAGUUGACUGUAUCAUGCAGAAAUUGUGGCAAUAAUUUUUUAAAUCUUGAUAAUAGUUUAGAAGGUUGGAUUAAAAAUAAAUUUCAAUUUUUUAAAUACUUAAUAAAUGAUGGUAAAAUUAUUAAAUAUUAUAGUUUAAUUGAAUAUGCUUGUAUUUAAUUGUACGUGGAUUAUAGAACAUGGUAAUUAGAUGAUUCAAAAAAUUUAAUUAAAUUAGAAUCAUAUAGGGUAGAUGGCACAAUAUGUAUCUGUGAAUUAUCAAUAAUUCUUCGAGGUCCAAUAAAUUUAAUAUCGUGUGUAUUAAUUAUAAUUUGGUAAAUAGGAAUCAUGUGUAGAAGGUUUAGUAAUGUAGACUAUAUAAUAAUUAAAGCUUAUAGUUAUUCUGAUUACCAAUAUUCUUAAUCUCCUUAAAUGCGAAUCUAAUUAUAAAAUCAAGCUUAUAAUAAAUAUUAUCUUGAAAUUGUGUUGA